CAGCGUGGCACUUCGACGUACAUGAUCCGAGGACGCAGUGGGCACUAGGAGUCUUUCAGCGAGUUGGGCAAGCAUGCACCAGACGAUACGGGUUGAUCAUGCCGUAUCAGCCACUGCAGUAUCAACCUUGGCUGUAAGGAGAGCUCGCUGUGUCUGUUGAGACUAAGGUUUUUUCUCACACUUGCGCUCGCUCGCCGCUUCGUCGAGUCAAGUUCGAGCCCGUUGACAGCGCAAUGUGGGUGCAUUGCUUUUGUUCCAUAUAUAUAUACUUGUGUUUCUGUCUGUCACCGUUUCCUGCCGACAAUCGUUGUCUCCACAUCCUGCCCGCCACAUCAUCAUCACGGCGAUGCCAGGUAGCCUACUACCUCAAGAACAAAGGUGGAUUGGAUGUUCUCAUCUGCGCUUGCGACACGUUCCGCGCGGGCGCCGUGGAGCAGCUCAAGACACAUGCCCGUUGCCUUGACGUGCCCUUGUUCGAACGAGGCUACGGCAAGGAUCCCGCUGAGAUCGCGAAGAGCGCGAUCCAUCACGCGAGGAACAACGGCCAUGAGGUGGUGCUGGUCGACACGGCGGGCAGGAUGCAGGACAACGAGCCGUUGAUGAGGGCGGCCCAGCGCAGCGCGACGCUGCUCUUGAUGUGGUAGUUUAGGUGACGAUGGUACUGACAUUCCAUUGUGUUUGAAUGCCCCGAGCUUCAGA